UUCUUAUUUGAGGAUCUAUUGUAACACAAAGUUGCCAGGUUGUCUGUCCCUGCGAGAUAAGCAGCAUUGAUAAGGCACACAUGCUGGUUUUGUUCCUUACAACAGAUAAUUUCAGACUGAGCAGAACAACGGUAUUUUGGCGAGAGAAUUUUGCUUUCACCUUGGCCUUGAAUACUUGUUAUAUAAACCCCACAGUGAUCAGAAAAGUUACUCUAGGAUUGAAGGUCUCAUUUGGAUUUGCUGUGGCUUCCUGGAUCUUGUCUCCUUGCAGGUUCCCAUUUGGGUUUGAGAGUAGGCUGUAAAUGACUGAGAGAUUAAUAUUCCAAGUUGAUAGGAUGAUAUGCAACUCAUUUGUUAUAAUUAGUCCCACUGUGCUUCAUUAGAAAGCAGUGGGAUUUAUGGACUCUGUGGGCUGUGGAUUAAGUCUCCUGGUCCUUCUGAUGGAGAGUUUAGUAGAAGGCAGUGAAGAGUGAAGUUCUACUGCUGUGUAAAGCUGAACUUUAUGGUCCCAGAGAAGGGAGAAGAGGAAGAACUCAACAUCUCUUGCUUAAUUUCAAAUCUGUUUUUGCAUUUGAGUUCGCAGGUUCUAGUAAAUACUGCUUGCUGUGUUUUGAUGUUGGUGGCUAAGCUCAUCCAGUGUAUUGUGUUUGGCCCUCUUCGAGUGAGUGAGAGACAGCAUCUCAAAGACAAAUUUUGGAAUUUUAUUUUCUACAAGUUUAUUUUCAUCUUUGGUGUGCUGAAUGUCCAGACGGUGGAAGAGGUGGUCAUGUGGUGCCUCUGGUUUGCUGGACUUGUCUUUCUACACCUGAUGGUUCAGCUCUGCAAGGAUCGAUUUGAAUAUCUUUCCUUCUCGCCCACCACGCCUAUGAGCAGCCAUGGUCGAGUCCUGUCUCUGUUGGUUGCCAUGCUGCUUUCAUGCUGUGGACUGGCAGCUGUCUGCUGCAUCACUGGCUACACCCAUGGAAUGCACACCUUGGCUUUCAUGGCUGCAGAGUCUCUUCUUGUGACAGUGAGGACUGCUCAUGUGAUUUUACGAUACGUAAUUCACCUCUGGGACCUCAACCAUGAAGGGACGUGGGAAGGAAAGGGGACAUACGUCUAUUACACAGAUUUCGUCAUGGAGCUCACUCUCCUGUCCCUGGACCUCAUGCACCACAUUCACAUGUUGUUAUUUGGCAACAUCUGGUUAUCCAUGGCCAGCCUGGUCAUCUUUAUGCAGUUGCGUUACCUGUUUCAUGAGGUGCAGCGUCGAAUUCGUCGGCACAAGAACUACCUGCGCGUGGUUGGGAACAUGGAGGCCAGGUUUGCAGUUGCGACUCCAGAGGAGCUGGCUGUCAACAAUGACGACUGUGCUAUCUGCUGGGACUCCAUGCAGGCUGCGCGGAAGCUGCCCUGUGGACAUCUUUUCCACAACUCCUGUCUUCGUUCCUGGCUGGAACAGGACACCUCCUGUCCAACAUGCAGAAUGUCUCUUAAUAUCGCCGACAAUAAUCGUGUCAGGGAAGACCAUCAAGGAGAGAACUUGGAUGAGAAUUUGGUUCCUGUAGCAGCAGCUGAAGGGAGACCUCGCUUAAACCAGCACAAUCACUUCUUCCAUUUCGAUGGGUCUCGGAUUGCGAGCUGGCUGCCCAGUUUUUCAGUUGAAGUGAUGCACACAACCAACAUUCUUGGCAUUACGCAGGCCAGCAACUCCCAGCUCAAUGCAAUGGCUCAUCAGAUUCAAGAGAUGUUUCCCCAGGUUCCAUACCAUCUAGUGCUGCAGGACCUCCAGCUGACACGCUCAGUGGAAAUAACAACAGACAACAUUUUAGAAGGACGGAUCCAAGUACCUUUUCCUACACAGCGGUCCGAUAGUAUCAGACCUGCAUUGAACAGUCCCGUGGAAAGGCCAAGCAGUGACCAGGAAGAGGGAGAAACUUCUGCUCAGACCGAGCGUGUGCCGCUGGACCUCAAUCCUCACCUGGAGGAGACACUGGACUUUGGUGAGGUAGAAAUGGAGCCCAGUGAGGUGGAAGACUUCGAGGCCCGUGGGAGCCGCUUCUCCAAGUCUGCUGAUGAGAGACAGCGCAUGCUGGUGCAGCGUAAGGAUGAGCUCCUCCAGCAGGCUCGCAAGCGUUUCUUGAACAAAAGUUCUGAAGAUGAUGUAGCCUCAGAGAGCUUCCUCGCCUCAGAAGGUGCGUCCUCCGACCCCGUGACCCUGCGUCGAAGGAUGCUGGCUGCCGCUGCAGAACGGAGGCUUCAGAAGCAGCAGACCUCCUAGCGCUCCCUUGCCUCCCUCAGCCGCCUCCUGCGGAGGAGGCCUGUCCCAGUUCUGCUCGCCGCGUGGAGAAGCGGGCUUGACUGCAUUGCCGCUGUAUAAAGCAUGUGGUCUUAUAGUGUUUGGACAGCUGACAGAUUUAAUCCUUCUUUGUAAUACUUUCUAUGUGACAUUUUCUUCCCCUUAGAAACACUGCAGAUUUUCACUCUAGCCAUGAUCUCUUCUGGUGUUGACUGGACUGCCUGGGGUGGGGGACGAGCAGGAGGCAGUGAGCAGUCGCCUGCCUGCAGGCAGCUUCAACUCCUGCCUCAUGCAUACAUCCCACAAAUGCAGGUGUCCUGAGCGCCACAUCCAGCGGGAAGAGUGUGGGGGAGACGCCCAGUGUGAGCCCGCCCCCACAUCAUGGGGUAACAUCUGUUAGCAAACUGCUGUCCUUGUGGAAGCGUGCAGACUGUGCCAGAGGCCAGACCCAUGGGCUCCUGGACCCCUGAGCCAGCAGGGCAACUUGGAAUAGGAAAUCUUGGUUCAAUACCUGAGGCAGAGCGGGGGAAGCCCAGGGCUGUAGGUGUGACAGAAUCACCCGUUUCUGUCCCACUACAUCCGGGACUGACUUUCUGAGACCCUAAUCCAAAGCCAGCUUGAUUUCCGUGACUCUGGUGCUCCUGCCUCUCAUGAGUACGUGCCAUGGGUUCCCUCCCCUCCCAGCAUUUCCUUGUCCCCUGUGGACCUGGGGAGUGUUAAGCAGCAAGCUUUGGUUUAUGGUUUUCAUUUAUUGGUCAAGUAAAUUAGGCAAUGCCGAAGCCUGUGGGUUUGGUCCUUGAACAAGAUGUGGGCCUUGCCAGAUGGGAGAGUAAACCUUGAAGGGCCUUACUGAAGAAAUAAAAGAUAACUUUUGUAUCUUUUACCCCGGGAGCGCUACGUUUUCAUAGCUGUGUUCUUCCUGGUUUAAUUCAACAGAGACGGUAAGGUGUGAACCUAUAUGGCCUUGGAGCAGACCCAGGUCCCAAAUCUCUUCAAAUUUGUUUAACUUUAAGGAUUUGAACCGUGCAGUCGUAGGUUACAGACUUCAGUUUUAUGGCCAUUGGAUUACCUUUUUUUUUUUUUUUUUUUUAACUGUUUGAAAGAUUUGUUUUGUGGUAGUCCUUUUGGGAAGAAUCCAGUAUUAUCCAUAAUUAUUGGCAAAGUUAAAUGUAUUUUACAUAACUGAAAGUUUUUAGAAUGUUGAAAAGUAAUUGAAAAAGGUGAUAGGUACAUUUUUAGGCAAAGAUAAUUUAUUUCAAUAAAUCUUUCAAAAGCCUUACCUUGAAAUGCUGUUAGUAAAUUUCUCUGAUUUUUAAAAAAAACAAUUUGUUUUGCUGAGAGCAUAGCUAUUUGUUUUUAUUGUAAAACAAUAAUAAUAAUAAAAAGCAAACUCUA